UUUUUUUUUUAAGAAAGUGGGUUGUCAAGAAUUCACGAUGAAGAGCCUUUUUUUUUCUCUCUUACUUCUCUCUGUUCUGUUUAUGAGCAGCUUCUCAGAAGUGCAGGAAAAGAAAUGGAAAGGUGAAGGUACAACACUAAAUCUGGAAAGCAUUGUCAUUGGAAGAUGCUAUGACUACAUUAGAAUUGUGAAUCCUGCCGUUGGGGAGAAGAAUUGUUCAGAGAUAUGGGAAGCAUUUAAAAAUGCAUUUAUUGACAAGGAUCCUUGCAGUGUUCUACCUAAGGACUAUGAAUUAUUUAUCAAUCUGUCAUUCCACACAAUUCCACCUAACAAGUCACUCUUCUGGGAAAAUAAUCACCUGCUAGUCAAUAGAUUUGCUGAUGGAGGCCGUCGCUACAUGUCUCUGGCUGACACUCUGUUUGGCUACGUGGCAGAUUUUCUGUACUGGUGUGGGCAGGCAGAUGGCACUGGACUGGACUAUGAAUCCUGCCCUACUACAGAGGAAUGUGAAAACAACCCAGUGGAGUCUUUCUGGAGGAUGGCCUCAGUCACUUAUGCACAGCACAGUUCUGGAGUGAUACAUGUCUUGUUGAAUGGUUCUGCUACUGGAGGAGCUUAUCCAGUCCCAGGUUUUUUUGCAGAUUAUGAAAUACCUAAUCUCCAGAAAGACAAAGUCUCAGAAAUUGUCAUCUGGGUUGUGGAUGAUAUUGAAGGACCAGAUAUAGAUUCCUGUGGAACUCAUACAGUAGCGAUACUACAAAACAGGCUGAAAAAUCUUGGGUUUGACAUCACCUGUACUGACAAUUUUGAGACUGUAAUGUUUUUACUCUGCCUGGAUCAUCCUGAUGAUUCUAAGUGUACUCUUUCAUCAUCUGCACCAGCAGCACAAAGAGGACCUAUCUCUUCAGACAGAGGAGGCAGCUGGAACAGUCUCAUGUUUGUUUCUUUUGCAGGCUUUUUGUUCAGAUUUGCUUUAGUGUACUAAGUUAAUCAACUGAAUCCAUUGCCUUUGCAUUAACUUGCUGUAAAUUUGGCUUCAAUUAAUUUAUAAGCUCAACUUCACCCUACUUCUGGGACUGGCAAACUUACAUAUUAACACUCUUCAUACUUCUAUCUAGAUACUAACUACUUUUAGUAUAAAAAAUGAUGCUACUGCUGCAAGGAAACCUCAUCCUUCAUUUCCUUUUCUUGAAUAGUCCAUUGCUAUUUCCUCUCAUCCUUCUUAUCCAGAGUUACACUGGGAAUAAUACUUCCUGUUCACAUAUUUCAGAAAGAAAUGUGAAAAUCUCCAUCAUACAUUUCCCACACAGCUUACCUGUUCCUAAAAACAGUCCUAGCAUUUGGCCUUGGAAACUGACUAUCACAUUUUGGGAAGGGGGGAAUACUAAUUUAGAUGAUAGAGAGCUUAGAUUGCUCACUUGGUGCAGGGUACAAUAGAUGAGACAGUGGAAAAAAUAAAUUAAUUUUCAUAAGUGCUCCAGUACUUGGGCUGAACUUAUCUGAAACUACCAUACAGAAAGAUUCUGGCUUGCAUACCUGCAUACCACAUUUAACCACAUAACAUCAACUGCUUCUAUCAGCCUCACAGCGGCUCCAGUUUCCUGGCCACUGGGUAGUCAAUAGUCAGGAAUACCAGGGUCUAGAAGGCUUUACAGGUUUUCCACCAUGAUGUGAUGUGUAAUCACUAUAGUGUGAUGUAUGGCAUAUCAAAUUCAGGUUAGAACCUGCCAAGUCAGGCAUCUGCCUGCUUGCGAUGAACUCAGUCAGCAUGCUUCAGAAUAUACUGAGAGAGGAGAUGCCAUCUUGAAGGUCUCUUGGGUUACUUCUGUGACUUACCUACAUGUUACAGCUAGAUGCUUCUCUAAACCACCGAGACAUCCAGCUGCCAAGGGGAAACAUAAAUCUUUGGGAAAAAAAUAGUUGGUCUUCUGGAAAAUAACUGUAGGUAGAAUUUGUUACACAUUCUCUGUUAUCCUCUAUAUUAUUUUGUUGUGUUUUUAUUAUCUGGUUGGCAGGAGACUGGGAUAAGAUGAUCCUGUUAUCUCAGUGCAUCUGAUUUAGGACUCCAUAGUACAUUCACAUCCUUUCAGUCUCUGGUACAACUAUAUGAUCUUGUAUGUUUGAAAGAUCUAAAAAUGUAUUAUUGUUGCUUAUUUGUCUGGCUUCCAUUCUUGUAGUUGUGUUUACCUGAUUCACAUAUGGGUUUAACCUCUAGUUUGAAGAGUUCCUGUGUCUAUUUCAGACACUUGCUAAAGUACGGAAAUCAAAAGUUACAGACCUUUGACAAUCUGAGGUGUAUUAUGCCUCAAAUUGUACUUUACCUAUGCUAAAGCAUUAGUCAUUUGCCAAGUUCCUUCAGCAUCCUCCUCACUUUUGGUGCCUGUUUGAUGAUGUCCAUAAAAGCAGCUGCACCAAUAUUAAUAAAGGAGAUAUCUAUAACACAGACACAGUCCAGGUAACUAAGCCAAAGGAGUUUUGAGCAGUUAUCUAUUUGUCCACAGCAUUUCACAUCAUAACACAUUUUGGACCAAAGGCUAUAAAGACAGUGCCUAUGAGGCGCACAGAGAAGUGUCCAAGCUAUUCUUUGGUCUGGCAUUUUCCUGCACACUGACCUGCAUCUUAUAAUGUGUACAGGCUUCAGAGAAUGGACUCAUACCAUUAACAAGCCAUGUUCCUCUUAGGCAACUUCCAUCCACAAGACAAGCAUACCAGAUGCCCAGCUUUUGCUUUCCAAACUAUGAAAGCUUUCCAGCCUCUGGAGGCAGUGCCAUCAGUGCUAGCCAUUAUACAGGAUACCAGAUAGACAGUAGGAAAUGCUAAAGAGUUCUGGUUUGAAAAUAAAAUAAUUGAAGUUAAAUAGAAAAUAGGAUAGAUUUAAAAUAUUUUGAGGUUGUUUACUGCCUAGCCUUAAUAACAACAAUGAGGAACUUCUUGCAGUGUUUUCUUAUUUCUGAUGUUCUUGCCUUUUUUUCCCCAUUACUUAACUCAAUAGUAAAGACAGCGAUUUUUUUCCCCAGUAUCUUUUGAAUAAAGUGUCUCAAACUUGCUGCAAAACCUUGGGAAGACCUGCAAAGGUUUUUACCUAAACAACUCAUAUAGCUGGGGAACGAAAUAGAAGGCCAAGUUUUAAUUACAUAGGCUUCCUGAAACCAUAAAAGCAGCAAAUUUCAAGCUGAGUGUAAAUGGCUUGGUCUGGCUUUAAUAUAAUGGUUUUAAUGUGUGUGAAAGAACAGUGUGACUGUCACCACAGAAGCAGAAGGGCAGAAGUGUCAGCAAAGUGAGAAACAAUAAGGUCAUUUGUACUCGUAGAGGGAGGGAGAGACAUGAACAAAAAGUUGUGAGCAAGAGAAUCCCUUGUAUCUCUCCCUUUUUCAUUUCUACAUCUACAAAGUGUGUGAAGAGUGCUAUUUACACCUAUAUUUUACACUUGCAUGGUGACAGUCAGCUAGAUAUGGUUGUGCUCUCUCUUGAACACUCAGUAAAUGCUCCAAUUAGCAGUGUCUCAUGUAGCAGCUAUGCCAAAUGUAGAGAAAUCAUAAUGUCCAAAAGGCACAUUCCCUUCUCCAUAAACUCGCGCAAGCCUGCCAAUGUUCAGCAGGGUGCCUCAAAUAUAGAUUCUGAAUGUUUCAAUCAUUUAUACUUGUACUAGCAGUACUGCAAAAACAGCUGUCUGCAGACCUGAAUUCAAGGGGAAGGUGUUUUGUAUGAGGAUGUCAUGUUUCUCACUGAAUUUUUAAUCCAGUUGGAUGCCACAAUCUUGUGUAGAUCUGUGAGUAUCAAACUACUUAUGGCAAAUAAAAGCACCAUGUACAGGAGCAUUACAAGGUGCUCUGCAUUUCUGCAGGCAGACCUAUGGAAGCUACUGAUACUAAGGUAGUACAGCCUGUCUGCCCAGUUGGUGAGCUGCUUAAGAACUCAGUUAUGUCACACUCUUCAUUCCCAUAUAGAAAUAAAUACAACCUCCCAUUCUGCUAA